ACUCUGGACGUUCUGUAUUAACAGGACUCGUAAUAUUUUCAAAACUUUUGUUUUUAAUUAACAUCCUGGAGUGGUGUCAACCCAGGAAAUACUUCCACCAAGGCCGGUUUCCAGGUUGACAGGGUGAGCAGCUGGUUGAUGGGGUGUGGGAACCAUUCCCACUUUGCACCUCCAUCUGAGGGCUGGGGAUGGUGUGGUCAGAGCCCAGGGCAAGCUACUCCCCCAUCCCCCAAACCCUGAGAAAGCUGACAUUGCCUGGUUUUCACAGUGUUUUGUUUUGUUUUGUUGCCAAACUGGUCUUUCCUUCAACAGGCAUUUGUUAUUGCCUACUCAUGUGCCAGGCACUGUGCUUGGCAUCAGGGACACCCACUCAGUCUGUAAUCAAGACACCAUUUAGAGGGGAGGUCAGGCAGGAAAACAGAGAGUGACAAUUCUGUGUGAUAUGUGCUAUGAAAGGAGAUAAAUAUGGGAGCAGGUCGUGGAGGACACCCACCUACACUGGGGGAUCGUGGUAGGCUUCUUGGAGAAGAUGUGGACGAGUGUGCCCAAGGGCUAGAUGACUGCCACACCAAUGCCCUCUGUCAGAAUACACUCACCUCCUACAAGUGCUCCUGCAAGCCUGGCUACCGAGGGGACGGCAGGCAGUGUGAGGACAUUGAUGAAUGUGAAAAUGAAUUCAACGGAGGCUGUGUCCAUGACUGUUUGAAUAUUCCAGGCAAUUAUCGCUGUACUUGUUUUGAUGGCUUCAUGUUGGCUCAUGAUGGUCAUAAUUGUCUUGAUGUGGAUGAGUGCCUGGAGAACAAUGGCGGCUGCCAGCACACCUGUGUCAACGUCAUGGGGAGCUACGAGUGCCGCUGCAAGGAGGGAUUUUUCCUGAGUGACAAUCAGCAUACAUGCAUUCACCGCUCCGAAGAGGGUCUGAGCUGCAUGAAUCAGAAUCACGGCUGUGGUCACAUCUGCAAGGAGGCCCCGAAGGGCAGUGUCGCCUGCGAGUGCAGGCCAGGUUUUGAGCUGGCCAAGAAUCAGAGAGACUGCAUCCUGACCUGUAACCAUGGGAAUGGUGGGUGCCAGCACUCCUGCGAGGACACCACCGAAGGCCCGGAGUGCAGCUGCCACCCAGGGUACAAGAUGCACACAGAUGGAAGGAGCUGCCUCGAGCAAGAGGACACUGCCCUGGAGGUGACAGAGAGCAAUGCCACAUCAGUGGUGGACAGUGAUAAACGGGUGAAACGGCGGCUGCUCAUGGAAACGUGUGCUGUCAACAAUGGAGGCUGCGAUCGCACCUGUAAGGAUACUUCAACAGGUGUUCAUUGCAGUUGUCCCGUUGGAUUCACCCUCCAGUUGGAUGGGAAGACUUGUAAAGAUAUUGAUGAGUGCCAGACCCGCAAUGGAGGUUGUGAUCAUUUCUGCAAAAACACCGUGGGCAGUUUUGACUGCAGCUGCAGAAAGGGAUUUAAAUUAUUAACAGAUGAGAAGUCUUGCCAAGAUGUGGAUGAAUGCUCUUUGGAUAGGACCUGUGACCACAGCUGCAUCAACCACCCUGGCACAUUUGCAUGUGCUUGCAACAGAGGGUACACCCUCUAUGGCUUCACCCACUGUGGAGACACCAACGAGUGCAGCGUCAACAACGGAGGCUGUCAGCAGGUCUGUGUGAACACUGUGGGCAGCUAUGAAUGCCGAUGCCACUCUGCAUACAAGCUCCACUGGAAUAAAAAAGACUGUGUGGAAGUGAAGGGGGUCCUGCCCACUAGUGUAUCACCCCAUGUGUCCCUGCAUUGCGGUAGGAGUGGUGGAGGAGACAGAUGCUUCCUCAGAUGUCACUCUGGCAUUCACCUCUCUUCAGGACUGCAAGAGGCCUACUCUGUCACCUGCGGCUCUUCCUCUUCUCUCAGGAGCAAACAGCAAAAAUCCAAUGACUCUGCUUUCGGGGAUGUCGCCACCAUCAGGACAAGUGUAACCUUUAAACUAAAUGAAGGCAAGUGUAGUUUGAAAAAGGCUGAGCGGUUUCCCGAGGGUCUGCGGCCAGCACUACCAGAGAAGCACAGCUCAGUAAAAGAGAGCUUCCGCUACGCAAACCUUACAUGCAGCUCUGGCAAGCAAGUCCCAGGAGCCCCUGGCCGAUCAAGCGCCACUAAGGAAAUGUUUAUCACUGUUGAGUUUGAACUUGAAACUAACCAAAAGGAGGUGACAGCUUCCUGUGACCUGAGCUGCAUCGUAAAGCGAACUGAGAAGCGGCUCCGGAAAGCCAUCCGCGCACUCCGGAAGGCUGCCCACAGGGAGCAGUUUCACCUCCAGCUCUCGGGCAUGGACCUUGAAGUGGCAAAAAAGUCUCCCAGAACAUCUGAACACCGAGUAGAGUCCUGCGGAGUGGGCCAGGGCCAUGCAGGACACCAAUGUGUCAGUUGCAGGGCUGGGACAUAUUAUGAUGGAGCACAAGAACGCUGCAUUUUAUGUCCAAAUGGAACCUUCCAAAACGAGGAAGGACAAAUCACAUGUGAACCGUGCCCAAGACCAGAAAAUCCAGGAGCCCUGAAGACUCCAGAAGCUUGGAAUAUAUCUGAAUGUGGAGGUCUGUGCCAACCCGGUGAAUAUUCUGCAGAUGGUUUUGCACCCUGCCAGCUCUGUGCCCUGGGCACAUUCCAGCCUGAGGCCGGCCGUACUUCCUGCUUCCCCUGUGGAGGAGGCCUCCCUACCAAACAUCUGGGAGCCACUUCCUUCCAGGACUGUGAAACCAGAGUUCAAUGUUCACCUGGACAUUUCUACAACACCACCACUCACCGAUGUAUUCGUUGCCCAGCAGGAACAUAUCAACCUGAAUUUGGAAAAAAUAAUUGUGUUUCUUGCCCAGGAAAUACUACCACUGACUUUGAUGGCUCCACAAACAUAACUCAAUGUAAAGACAGAAGAUGUGGAGGGGAGCUGGGAGAUUUCACUGGAUACAUUGAAUCCCCAAACUACCCAGGCAAUUACCCAGCCAACACGGAGUGUACAUGGACCAUCAACCCGCCGCCCAAGCGCCGAAUCUUGAUUGUGGUCCCUGAGAUCUUCCUGCCCAUAGAAGAUGACUGUGGAGACUACCUGGUGAUGCGGAAAACCUCUUCAUCAAAUUCUGUGACAACAUACGAAACCUGUCAGACCUAUGAACGCCCCAUCGCCUUCACCUCCAGGUCAAAGAAGCUGUGGAUUCAGUUUAAGUCCAAUGAAGGGAACAGUGCCAGAGGGUUCCAGGUCCCGUAUGUGACAUACGACGAGGACUACCAGGAGCUCAUUGAAGAUAUAGUUCGAGAUGGCAGGCUCUAUGCAUCUGAGAACCAUCAGGAAAUACUUAAGGAUAAGAAGCUGAUCAAAGCUCUGUUUGAUGUCCUGGCCCACCCCCAGAACUAUUUCAAGUACACAGCCCAGGAAUCCCGAGAGAUGUUCCCAAGAUCUUUCAUCCGAUUGCUACGUUCCAAAGUGUCCAGGUUCUUGAGGCCUUACAAAUGAGCCGGGCCACGUGCCACUCAGUGCCAUGAUCUGCCUGUGGGCUGCUGGGAUGCAGCCAUCUGCCUAUGCAGCCAACAUAGUCGGAUAUCGCUGCCUCCAGUAGCAGUGACUCAUUAGAGUUCAAUUUUUAUAGAUAAUACAGAUAUUUUGGUAAAUUGAACUUGGUUUUUCUUUCCCAGCAUUGUGGACAUGGGCUAUGAAGGGCAGUGAGUCCCACCAUCUUUCACUGUGGUGGGUGGAUGUCUUGGGGACAUCAAGGGCUGGCUGAGCUGGACAUUAGUCAGCUCAGGUGAGACUCACCUGUCCUUCCUGGUUCUCACUCCUCCUCAAGGGGGCCAUGGUGGAAAGGAGUCCACAGAAGGGGCUGCCUUACCUGAAACUUCAGCUUCCUCCUUACAGUCCUCCCUAAGGGAGCCCUCUGCACCUAUGCUGUGACCAGGCAGAACAGGAAAGAAGGAAGGGAGGGUGGGAGAGCCCUUCAGGCAUCAUGCACCCACCUGAGACCAAGGAGGAUUCUGUUUCCCCAUAGCCUUCUCCAGCCUGUGUGACCAGAGCUUGAUCCCAGGACCCUGGGUUCUGAGCAGUGAUCAUUUAAGAAUACUUAAAGCAGAAAGAAUUAGAAAUAAAAAGAUAAAAACUAAGCACUUCCACAGAUGUAAUAAUGUGGAUCUAUGGACGAUGGCCUUCCUAGUUGCCAGCUUCCACUCUGCAGCGAAUGCACAGUGCUGGUUUUAGCACCUUCAGCUGUGCCUUCAGAUGCUCCACUGGGCCCUGCAUCAGGGCCUGGAGAGUUCAGGCCGGAUGUGAUCUCCUUGGCGGAUGAGAAUCACCCACUGUUAUGAAAAGGAGAUUUCACAGAUCCUGAGUCACUACUGCCAAGGGUGCUACUUCUCAGUGGGCUUGCCUCCACAGGUGUCUGAGGGCCACGUGGGCCGCUGUGCAGCCAGACGGUUAUGUUUGCCUUCCUUGCCCACUCUUCAAGGUCAGGCACUGCCGCAGCUCUGAGGACGUGAGCGGCACCACUAAGGGUGGGCUCGGUCUCUUAGUCACCACACCACCACCAGGAGCAGCUGCACAAAUCCCCGUCUCCAGGUACUGCAGAAUCACAUUUGGUUGGCACAGUGGGGACUCACAAUCAUUUUCUUCCACAGAAUCUUGAAUUUUCAACAUUACUUAAUUUGUAAAAAUUUAAAUCCAUAGGCAAAAAUCUCAUUACAGUGAAGAAAAAAAGAAUCCUAUCAAACAAGCUGCCAUUUCCCUAAUGAAUGGGCUGAACUACACACACCUAUAGUGUUUUGUUACUUCAGUAACAAACUAACUCUGUACACCAAAGUACGAAAAAAUGGUUAGCAAAUAUUUUUAAAGAAAACAGAGCCUAUUGGGAAGCUCUCUUUUCACCUCAGUUGUUGUUUUUUUUAACCUACGUACAACAUUGAUUAAAAAAAAAUACCCUAAUCCAAAUUUUCUUCUUUAUUUGCAUGGGUCCUAAAUACCCAUUUCCAAAUUGCUUUUCAAAAAUGUGAAUACUUUCAUUUUUUACAAUCAUCAUCAAAAUAAGCACUUGGAGUUUGUCAUACAAGGACUUCGCCUACAUUUCUGAGUCUCAUCAUAAGAUGAAAAUUCAAAUGUAAUAUAACCUGAGUCAGUGACCCGAUCCAUGUGGAGGAGGGGUGAGCUGAACUGUGCCAUCCUGUCCUAAGCACGUUAGUAACUCUAUGUUCAUGACUGUGUGAUGCUGUAUUGCUGAGGUCACAGGAAGACUAGGGAUGGAAAUGCACUGUGGGCUGAGACCCCACACGAGAGCUAUGCUCCUGGUAUAAGCAUGAGCAACUGAGGUCCUCCCUAAGCUUCCUCUCUAUCCCCGUCAACCACCCUGAGAGAUGUUGUGGUGGGCUGGCUGCCUGGGGCUACUGUUGCUACCUACUAAAUCAAUCAAUAUUUAUUGAACCUCUGCUCUGUGCCAGGUACUGUUCUAGGCCCUAGGGACGCCCAGUCACAAGGCAGACAGGGUCCUUGCCCUCAUGGGACUUACAUUUUAGAGGGAGGAGAUAGUCAAUGACUAAACAAAUCACCACAAAAAAGUAUCAGCUAGCAUUAAAUGUUAUGUUGUAGGUUAAUGUGACACAUGACUGUGUCACUACUUUAGAAUUCUGGAUUAUGGAUGUCCUUUCUGGGGAAAUGACACUUCAAACUGAAAAUAGCCAGAAGGAACCAGUCUUGGGACAGGAACAGUCAGGGCAAAGAGUACUCCAGAGAGAGGGAAACCAAGUGCAAAGGCUGGCAGGCAGAAGCCAGUGUGUGUGGGGGUCACAGUCCAGUGAGGAAGCAAAUGGGAUGAAGUGACGCCAGGGGACUGGACAGGAGCCAGAGCACAUCAAGCUUUGGAAUCCAGAAUGAGGGGUUCGGGUUUAAUUCUGAAUAUGUUGUGAAGCUUUUAGAGGGGUUUAAGCAGAGGAGUGGGAUGACCUGAUUUAUGUUUGUAAAAGAUCGUUCUGGUUACUAUAUGAAUAGAUUUCAGAAAAAGGCAUGGAGGCAGAGAGCCAUUAACAAACUAUUGCAACCAACCAGGCAGUCAUCCAGGUAGGAGAUGAGUUUGUCUGGGUUAAGGUUGUAGAAGUGGAGAUGUGAGAAUAGUUUCUGGGCAUGUUUUGGGGCAGAGUCAAGAAUUCGCAUGAGGAUUGGAUGGAGAGGAAGGGAAAGGCAGCAACCGAAGAGGCCUCCUACUUGCCUGAGCAACUGGUAGCUGGAGGAGACCACAGGAAGAGAGAGUCUGGGACAUGUGACCGUUUUAAAACAUGUCCACAACUUCUUUGAUGCUUCUUCCAUGGAAAGUUGGUGGUCUUUUGACCCUCCCCUUAACUUGGAGCUCUGUGACUGCUUCCCCAGUUUAGUGAGGCAGAAAUAACAUUUUACCAGUUCCCGGGCCCAGGACUUCAGACACUGGCAAUUUCCACUUCUUUUGCUCCCACUGAGAACUCAGUCACCACAGCCUGUGGAGCAGCCAUGCAGAGAACCACGGCCCCCCACCCAUAGUCCAGCUGAGCUCCCAGGUGACAGCAAGUAAAACUAUGUGAGUGAGCCAUGUGGGAGUGAAUUCUCCAGCCCCAUGUCCAGCCGCCCUAGCUAGUACUUCACAGAGCAGUUCCCAUCAAGCCAUACCAAAAUUGCAGACUCAUGAGCAAAAUCAAUGGUUAUUGUUUUUUCCGUCACUAGGUUUUGGGAUGAUUUCUUAUGCAAUAAUAAGAUACUGGAAAAGGAGAGCUCAGUUUGGGCCAUUUCAAGUAUAAGGUACCUGUUUAGGAAUCCACACUCAAGAGUUCAGGUAGGCAAUUGAUUCUGUGAAGCCCCAGGAGAGGUCAGUGCUGGAAUAUGAAUUUUAACAUCACAGAAUAAAGACAUGAGACAUGAGGUAGAGGUCACCUGGGAAAAGUAUGUACAUAAGGACCAGGGAGCUCCGAAUUCUGGGAUUCCCUGUGUGGGCACAGGACCAAGACUUGGAGGAACUGCUUGUUAAGUAAACAGGAAGAGGUCAGAGCUGUUUCCCCUGCCCUCCAAGAGAGCUCUUUCUGUGGGAGGACACUGAGUGGAAGUGAAAUCUGUACAAGACCUUCCUUUCAGCUGUGGAUAUUGUUCUUGAACCAUUUACUUAAGUGCUGCAUUUGUGGAUUUAGCAACGUUUCCCUUGAGUUUCCAGUGCUAAUAAAAGAGUGUUUGCCUUUUCACA